AAAGAUAGCGAAAUAAAAAAAGAAGAAGAAGAAAACGAACAGGGAAGAAGUCGCGACCUCAUGAACAGGGUUGAUGACAGAAGUAGUAGCGAAAAAGAUAAAAUCCAGUUCGAUGACAUGAUACUGAUUUUACGUCGCAGCGGAAUGCAGAAAACCGCUUGCACGGUCGCGAAAAUUACAGUUCGGCUCGCCUUGGACAGAAAUGGCACGUCGAUCGCGAAACGGGCGGGACGGAACGAUUCAACGAGCCAGUGCCCAUUGUAUUGACCCAGUAACGAGCGAUCUCCCCACGGGCCCACCUCUCACGAUCCGGGACGGAGUACAGGGGGGCCAGCGGCAGUGGGCGAACUGCCAGCCAGGCCUACGGGGCCCACUGCGUCCGGUCCACCUACUGACGCCGCCUCGUGUCGUCUCCUAGUAAAUCCUUGCCCUCUCUGCUCCUCCCAAAGAAAACAAAGCUGGCGGCUUAGGAGUUAGGAACCCACCCGCCACGUCCAUCGAUCACGCCGCCUCUCUUUGCGCGAGAGAAAGAGAGCGAGACGGAGGGGGGAAGGAUGGGGGAGGGGGUGAAGGCGAUGCUGGCGAAGCCGAUCCAGCUCGCGGACCAGGUAGCGAAGCAGGCCGGGUGGCAGUGCUUCCGGGCGGAGUGCAUGGACCUGCGGUCGCGCGCCGAGAAGCUGGCGGCGCUGCUGCGGCAGGCGGCGCGGGCGGAGCUGUACGAGCGCCCCGCCGCGCGCAUCAUGGCCGACACCGUGCGGGCGCUCAACAAGGCCGCCGGGAUGGCGGCCAGGUGCUUCCAGAGCCACUCCCGCCUCCGCCGCUUCUUCACGCUCAACCCGGUCUCCGGCCUCCCCCGCACCCUCGCCAUGCUCGACACCGCGCUCGAGGACGUCGCCUGGCUGCUCCGCAUCUCGUCCCCGCACGCCGACGCUGGCGGCGGCGGCGACGACGACGACUACGACCUCCACGGCCUCCCCAACAUCGCGCAGAACGAGCCCAUACUGUUCCUCAUCUGGGAUCACAUCGCCCGGCUCCACACCGGCAACCUCGCCGCGCGCGCGGACGCGGCCCACAACCUCGCGUCCCUCGCCCGCGACAACCCCCACUUCGCCAAGCUCAUCAUCGAGGAGGACGGCGUCGCGCCCCUCGUCAAGCUUCUCAAGGACGGCACCGACGACGGCCAGGAGGCCGCCGCCACGGCGCUCGGGCUCCUCGCCCGCGACGAGGAGAGCGUGGAUAAGCUUCUCCUUGCCGGUGUCUGCUCCGUGUUCGCGGCCGCCUUGAAAGUGCCGCCGAUGCGCGUGCAGGCCGCCGUCGCGGAGUCCGUCGCGGCUCUCGCGCAUCACAACCAGAAAUGCCAGGACCUGCUCGCGCAGACCAACGCCGUGCGUCACCUCGUCGGCCACCUCGCCGCCGGAACCAUCCAGGAGCACAGUAGAUACUAUGUUGCCUGGACCGGCUCGAGGAACAUGAACAUGACAUCCCUUCACUCCGUUGUGCUUGCCAAGACGCUCAGCGUGCAUCAAGGUGGCUCUGGUUCCCCUGCCAAUGAACCGCCGAGCUCGUCGGAAUAUCCGGGUAGCCAGCAGCAAGCAGGAAAGAACCAGAUGCAAUCGGUGGUGCAAUCUGCCAUGGCUGCCAAGACCACGGCGAACGGAGCCACGGUUCCACCCGGCUGCAGGCACCAGCUGACCCCCAACGGCUCGAGCGGUCGUGGAUCGCGCGAGGCCGAGGACCCGGCCACCAAGGCUCACAUGAAGGCCAUGGCGGCGAAGGCUCUCUGGAAGCUUGCCCGCGGCCAUGUCGGGGUCUGCAAAAGCAUCACCGAGUCUCGCGCGCUUCUCUGCUUCGCCAAGCUCCUCGAGCAAGGCGACGGCGGCGCCGGCACGGACCUGCAGUUCUACUCCGCAAUGGCGAUCAUGGAGAUCACCCGCGUCGCCGAGCACAACCUCGCGCUGCGGCAGUCGGCAUUCAAGCCCAGCUCCCCUGCGGCCAAGGCCGUCGUGGAGCAGCUCCUCCGCAUCGUGUGCAAGGGCGACGUCGACGACCUGCUGCGCCCGUGCAUCACCUCCCUCGGCUGCCUGUCGCGCACGUUCACGGCGAGCGAGACCCGCGUGGUCCGCCCGCUGGUGGAGCUGCUCGACGAGCGCGAGCUGCCGGUCACCAAGGAGGCCGUGGUCGCGCUCACCAAGUUCGCGUGCACCGAGAACCACCUGCACGUGAGCCACUGCAAGGCCAUCGUCGACGGCGGCGGCGCGCGGCACCUCGUCCAGCUCGUCUACCUGGGUGACCAGGUGCAGAUCGAGGCGCUCAUACUGCUCUGCUACAUUGCGCUGCACGUCCCGGAGAACGAGGAGCUCGCGCAGGCCGGAGUUCUCGCCGUGCUCCUCUGGGCGUCCAAGCAGCCACACAUGGUGCAGGACCUGCGCGUCGACGCGCUGCUCCCGGAUGCCAAGGGUCGGCUCGAGCUCUUCCAGUCCAGAGCAUCUCGGUGAUCAACUGGUGACGGCAUUGGCGGCGAUCACCGGAGUUCAAGAAGAUGAGUUAGCCCUCGAUUUACUGCAAAAUCGAAGUAGAUCUAUGUCGAUUGUUCAUUAGUAGUUCCAAAUUCUUGUUGUUUUGUUGUUAGAAUGUAUAUAUCACACCUUCAAUUUGUUGCUUUGUCUCAAAGAAAUUGCUCGGUGUAUUGAUUAGUAUGGAGGCGCUUUUCAUGUAUAUAACAUUUUUGUAUCUGCAAAAUUGGAAAUGGCGUGUUCAUAUGCACUUACAC